UGGCCGCAAUGGCUCACGUGGCGGCAGGCGAAGGCACGGAUCGCCUGAACGGCCAUGUGCAAGUGAGCAGCGCGCGCAACAAUGUGGCUUUUGAGGCGCCUCAAAAGGCAGGCGAAGGCACGAAUCCCCGGAACGCCCAUGUGCAAGUGAGCAGCGCGGGCUCCACUGUGGCGGCGAGGAGGAGCAUCAAAAGCGAUGGCACGACAGCAGGAAGCAAGAACUUGAGCAUGGGAGUGGGGUUGGGUGUGGGGUUGGGGGUGAGGGUGGCGGGCAGUGGCGGCACAGGCGGAGCAGUGGGCGCGAGCGUGCAGGUGGCGACGCAGAUCACGGUGCCAGGCGUCAGCCUGCCCGUCAGCUUCGACGCCCUCCGCUGCUUCACCCUUCCCCGCGCAGCGGCUAAGGCGGCGCGGGACGUGCAGGUGUGGUGGCAUGGGCUGGCGGGUAACAGCAAGGGCGGCAGCAAGGGUGCGGCGUGCAAGCAGCUGCGGUUCUUUGCCAACCCCGCCUGCAAGGGCAAGGCGCUGGAUGAGGUGCUCAAGCCGCAAUACGCCGGCCUGCGCAAAUUCUUCCACGUGCCCAGGUGGGUGUUGGGGCAGCCUGGCAGGUGGGUGGGUCAUGGGGCAAGAAGAAGGUCGCCCGAUGGACUUCUGUUGCUUGCCAGCCUGGUGCGUGCCUUGCCUCCAUGCCUCCAUGCCACCUUGCCAUCAUGCCACCUUGCCUCCAUGCCUCCAUGCCACCUUGCCAUCAUGCCACCUUGCCUCCAUGCCUCCAUGCCACCUUGCCAUCAUGCCACCUUGCCAUCAUGCCACCUUGCCUCCAUGCCUCCUUGCCACCUUGCCAUCAUGCCACCUUGCCUCCAUGCCUCCAUGCCACCUUGCCAUCAUGCCACCUUGCCUCCAUACCUCCAUGCCACCUUGCCAUCAUGCCACCUUGCCUCCAUGCCUCCAUGCCACCUUGCCAUCAUGCCACCUUGCCUCCAUGCCUCCAUGCCACCUUGCCAUCAUGCCACCUUGCCUCCAUGCCUCCAUGCCACCUUGCCAUCAUGCCACCUUGCCUCCAUGCCUCCAUGCCACCUUGCCAUCAUGCCACCUUGCCUCCAUGCCUCCUUGCCACCUUGCCAUCAUGCCACCUUGCCUCCAUGCCUCCAUGCCACCUUGCCAUCAUGCCACCUUGCCUCCAUACCUCCAUGCCACCUUGCCAUCAUGCCACCUUGCCUCCAUGCCUCCAUGCCACCUUGCCAUCAUGCCACCUUGCCUCCAUGCCUCCUUGCCACCUUGCCAUCAUGCCACCUUGCCUCCAUGCCUCCUUGCCACCUUGCCAUCAUGCCACCUUGCCUCCAUGCCUCCAUGCCACCUUGCCAUCAUACCACCUUGCCUCCAUGCCUCCAUGCCACCUUGCCAUCAUGCCACCUUGCCUCCAUGCCUCCUUGCCACCUUGCCAUCAUGCCACCUUGCCUCCAUGCCUCCAUGCCACCUUGCCAUCAUGCCACCUUGCCUCCAUGCCUCCAUGCCACCUUGCCAUCAUGCCACCUUGCCUCCAUGCCUCCAUGCCACCUUGCCAUCAUGUCACCUUGCCUCCAUGCCUCCUUGCCACCUUGCCAUCAUGCCACCUUGCCUCCAUGCCUCCUUGCCACCUUGCCAUCAUGCCACCUUGCCUCCAUGCCUCCUUGCCACCUUGCCAUCAUGCCACCUUGCCUCCAUGCCUCCUUGCCACCUUGCCAUCAUGCCUCCAUGCCUCCAUGCCUCCAUGCCUCCAUGCCUCCAUGCCUCCAUGCCACCUUUCCAUCAUGCCUCCAUGCCUCCUUGCCACCGUGCCCCCUUGCCUCCCUUCCUCCAUGCCACCUUGCCAUCACGCCACCUUGCCUCCUUUCCUGCAUGCUACCUUGCCACAUGCUGCACACAUCUCUUGCACCUCCUCUAUGA